AUGAGGGUUGUUCAUUGGCUUCUAUGCUUUGCUACAAGCGUCUUCUCCUUAGAGACUUAUCCUGUUGGGGUAAAUCUUGGAUUCAAAUUCAUAACAGCGGCUCGUUUUACCGAUGAAAAUAAACCGGAUCUGCUCUCCAAGAUCGAGGGUUCUGAAGAGUAUCAAACUCAUAUGAGGAAACUCGCAUCUCAAUCCGAAGAAAGAAAGUACAAGUUUGGCGAGGUAUACGUCCAUGAUAGUCGUGGUGAAUUAGUCCCAGCGCCCAACGAGUACCGCGGUUACGAAAAGAAAGAUGAAGAGAUUAUUAGUCAGGCUUUGAGAGAUCUUUCAAACGAGCUUUCCCAUAAGCUAGGCUCUUCACCUCAAAUCACCACAGUCAAUCUUCCAGAGGGUCUGGACUAUAUUGCGAGAGAUCAUUUGUAUGAAACUUUACGUGAUAGUGAUUCGAUUCCUCUAGUCACCAAGUCUUCACAGAUGAUAGGCUUUCUUGAUGCCACUAGGUCAGCUUAUGACUUGGAUAGAGCUGAUGGUCCAGGGCCUAAAGUUCCGGAGAAUCCCUUCCACGACGAUGAUUUUUUCGUGAUGUAUGUGGACUAUAACGCCUAUUCUCUGGAUAUCUGGGUCGCAACUAUUUCCGAGUACACGGCUAGCUUACUUGAGAGGGGACCAUUCUCUCUUCGACGGCCUGAUCUAGCAGUAUCUAAUCGAGAUGAUGAUAAGUCAAAGGUUUGUCUUGCCCUAUUCCUUGAAAGAUAUGAUCUAUUAUUGGAAGCGGAAGAGAAAAUGAAAGCAUCGCAUACUGACCAUUCCACCCAACUUUAG